AUGAACGACACGGACCCCAAGAGUAUCAUCAACCGCAUCUGCACCCUGAUGACCAACACCUGGCUGCAGGGGGUGGUGUUCGGGGACGAUACGGACCAGGAGGCCAUCGCCCAGAUCCUGGACUUCAUCUCUGCCCAGACACACAUCCCCAUCCUGGGCAUCCGAGGAGGCUCCUCCAUGGUCAUGGCUGCCAAGGAUGACCACUCCAUGUUCUUCCAGUUUGGCCCGUCCAUAGAGCAGCAGGCCUCCAUCAUGCUGAAGAUCAUGGAGGAAUACGACUGGUACAUCUUCUCCAUCGUCACCACCUACUACCCUGGAUACCAGGACUUUGUCAACAAAAUCCGGAGCACCAUAGAGAACAGUUUUGUGGGCUGGGAGCUAGAAGAAGUCCUCCUGUUGGACAUGUCUGUGGAUGACGGAGAUGCUAAGAUUCAGAACCAGAUGAAGAAGCUGCAGAGUCCUGUCUACCUGCUUUACUGCACCAAGGAGGAGGCCUACACCAUCUUUGAGGUGGCAAACUCUGUGGGACUGACGGGAUACGGGUACACCUGGAUUGUACCAUCACUAGUGGCCGGCGACGCCGAUAAUGUCCCCGCCGUGUUUCCCACAGGGCUUAUUUCGGUGUCGUAUGACGAAUGGGACUACAGUUUGGAGGCUCGGGUGCGGGAUGCAGUGGCUGUCAUCGCCAUGGCGACCUCCACCAUGAUGCUGGACCGGGGGCAACACACGCUGCUCAAGUCAGGCUGCAACGAGACCCCUAACAAGAAGGGCUCCAAACAAAGCAACUCCAAUGAAGUGCUCAAGUAUCUGAUGAACGUGACGUUCGAGGGACGUAACCUGUCGUUCAGUGAGGAUGGAUACCAGAUGCAUCCCAAACUGGUCAUCACCCUGCUAGACAAGCAGAGACGCUGGGACAAGGUGGGUAAGUGGGAGAACAGCUCCCUGUCCAUGAAGUACCACGUGUGGCCCAGGUUUGAGCUGUUCUCCGAUGGGGAGGCGCGGGAGGACGACCACCUGUCCAUCGUGACACUGGAAGAGGCUCCCUUUGUCAUCGUGGAGGACGUGGACCCCCUCAGUGGCACCUGCAUGAGGAACACCGUGCCGUGCAGGAAACAGCUUAAAAUACUCAAUCAGACAGUACCUGGCCAGUACACCAAGCGCUGCUGUAAAGGAUUCUGCAUCGACAUCCUGAAGAAGAUUGCCAAGCAGGUCAAGUUCACCUAUGACCUCUACCUGGUCACCAACGGAAAGCACGGCAAGAAGAUCAACGGCACCUGGAAUGGAAUGGUCGGGGAGGUGGAGCAGAAGAAGGCCCACAUGGCUGUGGGGUCGCUCACCAUCAACGCGGAGAGGUCCGAGGUCAUUGACUUCUCCGUGCCCUUCAUCGAGACGGGGAUCAGUGUCCUGGUCUCCCGUAGCAACGGCACUGUCUCCCCCUCUGCCUUCCUUGAGCCGUUCAGUGCGGACGUGUGGGUGAUGAUGUUUGUGAUGCUGCUACUCGUGUCGGCGAUUGCUGUGUUUGUGUUUGAGUACUUCAGCCCGGUCGGCUACAACCGCUGCCUGGCAGACGGACGAGAGCCUGGUGGCCCCUCCUUCACCAUCGGCAAGGCCAUCUGGCUGUUGUGGGGCCUGGUUUUCAACAACUCUGUUCCCGUCCAGAACCCUAAAGGCACCACCAGUAAGAUCAUGGUGUCGGUGUGGGCCUUUUUCGCUGUCAUCUUCCUGGCCUCCUACACUGCCAACCUGGCUGCCUUCAUGAUCCAGGAGGAGUAUGUGGAUCAGGUGUCGGGCCUCAGCGACAAUAAGUUCCAAAAACCCAACGCCUUCUCCCCGCCAUUCCGUUUCGGAACGGUGCCCAACGGAAGCACGGAACGGAACAUCCGCAACAAUUACCCGGAGAUGCACCAGUAUAUGACCAGCUUCCAUCAGAAGAACGUGAACGAGGCCCUGGCAAGCCUCAAGGGAGGUAAAUUGGAUGCCUUCAUCUACGAUGCUGCUGUGUUGAACUACAUGGCCGGGAGGGACGAGGGCUGUAAACUGGUGACCAUCGGCAGCGGGAAGGUGUUCGCCACCACCGGUUACGGCAUCGCCAUCCAGAAGGACUCUGGCUGGAAGAGAGCAGUGGACCUGGCCAUCCUCAUGCUGUUCGGCGAUGGAGAGAUGGAGGAGCUGGAGGCUCUGUGGCUGACGGGGAUCUGCCACAACGAGAAGAACGAGGUGAUGAGCAGCCAGCUGGACGUGGACAACAUGGCAGGUGUCUUCUACAUGCUGGGGGCGGCCAUGGCUCUGUCGCUCAUCACCUUCAUUGCCGAGCACGCCUUCUACUGGCAACUGCGCUUCUGCUUCAUGGGCUACUGCACCGGCAAGCCAGGCUUUACCUUCUCCAUCAGCAGGGGCAUCUGGAGUUGUAUCCACGGGGUCCAGAUCGAGGAGAACAAGUCGGCCAUGGACUCUCCAUCGGCCACCAUGAACAUGAACAUGAACAACACCCACUCCAACAUCCUGCGACUGCUCCGCACAGCCAAGGACAUGACCGCCAUCCCGGGGGUCAACGGCUCGCCGCACACGCAUGGCGCCCUGGACUACGGUGGCCACCACCGUGGCGAGUCGCCCAGCAUCUACGACGUCUCCGAGCACCGGCGCAUCUUGCAAGAGCGCAAGGCCCUGCCGCCGCCCUACCUGCCAGAGGACAACAUGUUCAGCGACUACAUCAGCGAGGUGGAGAGGACUUUUGGCAACUUGCCCCUGAAGGACAACAACCUGUACCAGGACCAUUACCUGCACCAGCACUCAGGUCCGGGACCUGGGCUGGCUCUGGGUAUGUCCGGCCCCCGCCUAACAGGCCGAGUAGCUUAGGCAGUACCAGUUCAUUGGAGGGAGGGAUGUUUGAUUGUGACAGUUUAGGGGGAGGGGUAGCUCCCAUAUUCACCACAC